AUGAUAUAUGAAUUUCUCCGACUUUCCAAGCCUGGGAAGCCGGGGAACGAGACGUCGCGGGGCCUGAAUGAGAUCGUGCAUACAGGAAAGACCACCAUCGCCAGUGUCAUGUGGUUCGCUGGCCAGGUUCACUGCGGAACAUACAGAGGGGAUUUGGUCACUCGCCUACCGCAUAUCGCGGAGGUCGACAUCCAUCUGCCCUCCGCCCCUCGGCCUGCUACGAUUCGGCCAGACACGCCGACGGAUGGACCUCGCGUAUGGCUCCUGGGCAUCAGCGAGCUGGCCCUCCUCGCCCUGGCUAAUUACUAUCCUGGGCUCAAUGUGGGCGGCACAUACCAGACCAAGGCAGACGUGAACAAGGCCGUCCGCAGUAUCGUACCGGGUCUGUCGCGGGCCUCGCAGGGCGCCUACCUCAUGAGCGAGCGACGGCGCCGCAUCGGCCACGGCAGGUUUGACCUGGAGGGCAUGAGCCUGCUGGACUUGCUCAAGUUCGACCUCCGGGAGGAUGUCAUCGGGCUGUGA